AUGCAUCGCUUUUUGAAUGCCGCCGUCCGCAAUAAUGCACCAACAAACAUGAACAAACCCCUGCCAGAACCACUCGUCGACCCAGACGAAGGCAAGAUUCCCAUUGGUGAACUCGUGAUUAUCCCUAUUCAAGGUCGAGACCUCCCUAACCGCGAGCGAUUCGGAAAACAGGACCCAUUUAUCCUUUUCAAACUCGGAAACGUCGCCAAGAGGAGCACCACAGAUGUCCGCGGAGGACAGCGACCCCGCUGGAAGGACGAUCAGAUCAACAUCUUCAUGUACGAGAGCGAUGCAAAGGACGCCACAUCGCUCUAUGUCACUUGUCUGGACGAGGAUCCCCAGAAGAACGACCUGAUCGGAGACUGUGUCAUCAACAUGGUCAGAGUCAUGGAGUAUGGAGAGCAAGAUGAUUGGUUCCAGCUUUCGUACAAGGGAAGGGAAGCAGGAGAACUGUUGCUGCAGUUGACAUACUAUUCCCACGACCCCAAACACCCAACACACAAGUCGAACAGGACAAACACAGCUCCUACGACUGGCGUGGGUGCACGCCGCCCUAUUCAUCUUGUCAAGGAAACCAAGAAGCAAGAGGAAAAGCCAGAGGAGCGCGAUAGCGACAUCGAUGAUGGUCCAGUUUACCAGCCCCCAGUUGUCCCAGAGCCAGCAACCCCUCAGGUUCCAAUGGUGGCCCCUGUAACUGGAUAUCCUUAUAAUACCCUUGCUCCUGGCGCCGCACGCCCCAUUUCGCCUUCAGGAGGACCGCAUUAUGCCGGCCACCACACGCCACAGAUUCCUCCAGCCGCAACCCCUUAUGGACAGCCUGCUGCUUCCCUCAACCCUUACGGUGCUGCGACCGCCUAUCCCGGUUACCCCGCGGCCAGCGUACCCUAUGUCGACCCCAGUAUUGCUGCCGACCCCAACAAACGCCAUUCAUUCCCAGGACAACCUCCUCUUGUUGGCGGAUUCCCACCUACAGGUUAUCCUGCUGUUGGAGGCGCUGUAGGACCCGGAUCUGUUUACCCUCCUCAGGGCGUCGUUCCUGGAGUUGGCGCUGGGCCAGGAGGGUUCCCUGGUGCCAACGCUGGAUUCCCUGGUGCCAACGCUGGAUUCCCUGGUGCUAACGCUGGAUUCCCACCUCAGAGCAACGUGUACCCACCCGGACCUGGUGCUUCUCCCUAUGCGCCCGCACAGUCUCUGCCAAUCACUCAGAACAUGGGUGGUACUGGCCCUGGACUUAAUGGUCCCCCUGGCGGAUACCCCUUUGGACCUGGCGGAUACCCACCCAACUCUAACAACAGCAGCAACAGCGGUGUAUUUAACAGCAACAAUGGCGGCAACUUCAACAGCAAUAAUAACAGCGGUUUUAGCAACAACAGCAACAACAGUGGAUUCAACAAUACCACUGGCGGUAACAAUUUCAACAGCAAUAAUGGAGGAAACUUCAACAACAACAAUGGAGGGAACUUUAGCAAUGGUGGGUUCAACAACCGCCCCAACAACAACAACUUUAACAGUAACAAUGGCGGAAACAGUUUCAACAACAGCACCGGAGGAAACAGCUUUAACAACAGCAAUAAUGGAAGCAACUUCAAUAACAACAAUAACGGAGGAAACUUCAACAACAGCAACAACGGUGGAAACUUCAAUAGCAAUAGCAGCAACAACUUCAACAACAACAACAACAACAGCAGCUUUAACAACAAUGGAGGCAACAACUUUAACAACAACAACGGAGGCAACAACUUUAACAACGGCGGCAACAAUACCAACAAUAACAAUAACAACAACAACAGGAAAAACACGAUCCAGCCAACGCCGAUUCCAAUUGUCAACUCGCCCAUUCCAGCGGCACCAAGGCCUCCUGGUGGGAGCAUGUAUGGACCUGGAGGACUGUAA